UCAGAGUGCGGUUUACUUGCUGCAAUCGUUCUGCUUUACUUUACGGUUGGCUCAUUCCAGUGGACGCCGAAACAAGUUCUCAGUUUGAUUUGGUAUUCGAUCGGCGGCGCGCACGAGAUUUCGAUCGCGCACUCUGCGGUAGAAGCUAGAAGUUGAUUAUAAUGAUCCCGUACGCGAUUUGUUUGAUCAGGCUGCUAAUUGCAAUAAUCAGAAAAGAAGUGGAAGAUUUGGUGGUGCGGUUUUGGCCUGGCAUAGUGAGACCGGUAGUGCAAGUGAGACAAGGACAGAUUCAAGGUAUUACGUCGAAAUUACCGAACGGGGAAUCGUACAGCUAUUUUAAAGGAAUUCCGUAUGCCAAACCACCGGUCAAAGAGUUGCGCUUCAGACCUCCAGUUCCGCUGGACAGUUUCGGAACCCCACUUUUGAAGUGCUUAGUUGAUAAAAAUGACUUCAUUCAGCCACACGUCUUGUUUAAGUCAUUUGUCACCGGUACCGAGGAUGCUCUGUAUUUGAAUGUGUAUACUCCUGCAACGGCGAAUUCGAAUGAGAAAAAAAUUCCUGUCAUGGUUUAUAUCCACGGUGGCGGCCUUGAGCAUGGUACGGCUAGCAGUUUCGUGUACGAUCCUCAGUACUUGGUGAUGCAAGGUGUAAUUGUCGUUACCAUGUUUUACCGUCUGGGACCGUUUGGGUUUCUGUCAUUACCAGACGCCGGCGUUCAUGGUAACUUUGGGUUAAAAGAUCAACGCCAAGCCCUGAUGUGGGUGCAGGAGAACAUUGACCGGUUUGGAGGAGAUCCCCAGAAUGUGACGCUGUUUGGUGAAAGUGCCGGAAGCUGGUCGACUUACGUCCAUUAUCUGUCACCCAGCUCUAGAAAAUACUUCCAUCGCGCCAUAUGUCAGAGCGGUGAUACAUGCACCGAGUCCGGUCUGCAGAUAGACGCUGAAAGCAAAGCGCGCAAGCUAGCAUACUUGCUGGGCUAUCGGGGAAGUUCAGAUCAGGAAGUGAUCGAUGUUCUUAGAAAAGCUCCUGCGAAAGUAUUAGCCAGAUAUCAAGUGUUAUGUAACAAUGAGCAAGAAAAAACCUUCCCAUUGAGGUUUCCCUUCAGGCCUGUCGUAGAACAACUAUGCAGCGAGGAUGCCAUCUUGAACCAGACGCCAGAAAAACUGCUUAAAUCAGUCGACACCAUCAGAAUUCCAAUGAUUAAUGGAUACACGAGUAACGAAGGAAUUCUAGGAUUUAAAUCGAACAAACAUAGAUUGAAGAAGUUUGACGAAAACCCGAAGUGGCUUGUUCCAGAGCUGAUGGGCCAUCCAGCAGGCUUAAAUAGAACAGUAGUAGGAGAUCAAAUCAAGCAAUUUUACUUUGGGAACAAACGGAUUGGUCUAGAAACGAGCAAUGAAGUUACAGAUCUGUUCUCUGACCACACGUUUAUGACCACAUCGAAUUUGAGUGCUGAAUGGUUAGCAAAAUAUCAACCCAAUGCUGUACAGUACCAUUAUGUAUUCUCGUAUGUUGGACGAUUCAACUUUACCAAAGCGCUGUACAAAGCAAGUAAUCUGAAAGGAGCUUCUCACGGAGAUGAUUGUUUAUAUCUAUUCAAUGCGGCAUUCUUGCCACGGUUACCAAGAGCUAGCGAAGAGCAAAAAGUUAGGGAACAAUUUAUACGGUUGUGGACCAACUUUGCGAAAUACGGUGAUCCAACACCAGAUGGCGAUGACCUGCGAUUCAAAUGGAAACCGGUGAAAAAAGUUGUACGUACUUCACCGGACUUUGACUUGGACUGUUUGGAUAUCACAUCAGAAUUGAGGAUGAUACAAAACCCCUUUCAGGAAAGGAAAGAGUUUUGGAGAAAUAUGAUCAAAAAGUAUACAAACUAUUUGUAGGAUGCAUUUUUAGACACUGUUUUUUAUUAUAUUUUAAUUCAAUAGUUAAAUAAAUAUAUAAUGAAGUAGUAUAACAAGGAUGAGCAGAGUAACUUCUAAGUAAGCUUCAGAAUGAAAAUAUAAAAGUGAAGAAUGAAAACAUGAUAGCGAAUGAAUGAAAAUAUGAUAGCGAAUUCAUUGGCUCUAGUCAAUCUUUUACAGGGUAUAUUCUCUGAAUCAAUAUGCAUUCAAUCUAUUGAACCUGGUACAGUAAAAUAUGCAUUGCAUACGCAAAUGAGGGACUGAACAUUUCGGAGAAUUGCCACGGUUAUUUUCUUAUGAUUGUGUGCCCGACAUAGAAAAGUUAAAUGUGUUUCCAAUUGAAUUUCGUUCAUUGUAUCAUGUCUAAGUGGACUACGUUUUAAUUGGAGGGUUUGGGGCAUGGUGUCAA